AUAUGACAACGGAGGCGGGAUUGGUCGAGGUUACAGCUACUUUUACUUUCAGCAAUAAGCUAGCUGGUUCGCUGCUCGUCGACGCUUCUUCGCUUCUCGUGUUAGAGCUAUGUUUUUAAACCUGUCAUGUUGUUUCUAGCUUAGUUAAGCUACUCGAACUCGAGCUCGUCUUCCCCCCCUCUCCUCUGGUUCUGUUGAGGAACAGUGAGGAGACAUGUUUUGGACUGUGUCACUGACUGCGUUGCUCUGUUUUCUGGAUCCGGUGUCCACUCAGUCCGAAAUUACACUCUACAAGAAGGUGGGUGAUGAUGUCAUCCUCACACCUGCCUCUGUCACUACUCCCAUCACCAGCAUCACGUGGAAGGUUGGUCCCAACAUGGCGGUCCAGUGGGACGACUCUGAGUCUGAGGUUUUGUAUUAUCGUCAUUUCAAAGAACGUGGGAGGCUGAACAUUUCAAGUGGAGCGAUGACAAUAGUGGGAGUGACUCAAGGUGACAGUGAGCUGUACACGCUGGAAAUAAACGGUGUCGUGGCAACGCCCACUCGUCUGAUCGUCAUCUCCCCUGUUCCCGUGCCCACUGUCACUGUGUCCUGUGAUGACGCGGAGGGCAGCUGUGUUUUGACGUGCAGAGCAAACACCACAGGCGCUGAACCGCACUCCUACAAAUGGAAGUCGGACGACAGCGAGCUGACGACUACGUCCAAUGUGCACCAUAUAGAGAAGGAGGAAAGUUUAAACGUAACAGAGUUCAGCUGUGAGCUGGAUAAUCCAGUCAGUCGACAGAGCAGUGGACCCAUCAUCAAUCCUUUCAACACCAAAGCAACUCGGGCUGAAGGAAAUCUCAACAUUAAUGCGGGACUCGUGGUUUUCAUCAGUCUGUUGAGUGCUGUGCUGCUGCUGGUUUUCGUACACAGAUUGAGAACAGGGGAUUGGUUCUUCCAAAAAGAAUACAUGCCAUGGACAGCAGACUUCUGGAGGAAGAAGGAGAGUACAUCAGCAGAGGCCUCUGCAACUAAUGGCACCACAACUCGUCAACAGAAUAGACAAGAGGAAACAUCGCUGAAUCAGGAUGCCGAGGACGAUCUGCCGGUGUAUUGAAGUGUCAAGGAACUUUUAAUGAAAUACGGAAAUGAACAUGUGCUGUGGAAUGUUAGGGCAAGCCACAUAAUACAAUGGGGUGUGGGAUCAGUCCAGUCAUAGCUGUAACAGAAAAGUGUCUGUUACUAUAUACAGGGCUUAACAAAUGUAUUAGACCACCUUGUCAUAAAAACUAGAAAUCUGGAAAUCUUUCAAAAACUUUAAAACUAUUAUUAUUAUCAUUAGUUAUUGUCAUUUAUUUGGCAAAUCGCAAACUGAAUUCUACCUUUAUAGCCAAAUUUGAGCCGGCUCACUGGGCAGAAAUGAAUCAAGUAUAACAUUUAACAACUAAAAUAAAAUGUUUCUGUUCAGGAAUGCAAGUUUGACAUCUUAAUCAAGAAAUAAGAAUGUGCUUACUAUUUUUUCAAUUUUGUUUGUGAAACAGUUAAUUUGAAAAGUCGUGGAUAACAAUAAUAAUUGUUAUUGAUAUGAUAUUGAAAAAUAUCAAAAAAAUAUCAUUUUGAGACAUGAAUUAUGUUGAUAAUUACCAAGGCUGUUAAUUCUGGACAGCUGGGGCAUACAUUUAAUACAUUUGUUAAGCGCUGUGUAUAUAUGUAUAUAUACAUACACAUAUAUAUGUAUACCUCUGAACGGAACUGAAAUAGUGUUUAAAAAUGAAUAACUAGUCCAGAUUAAAACAGAGACGCUGCCUCAGAGAGAAACCCGAAGACCUCUCAGGUCUUCAUGGGGAAUAACAGAAUCUAGGUUUAGGCAGCAGCAGGAAACACAAUCAAGUGUGUCUUCUUCCUGCAAUGUACAGCAUCACCUGACAUUCACUGGUGCUUCAAACUCAUUUCAUCAACAGCAGAGGAGGAUUGGAGGUGGAUCUGCUGUGGAUUCAUGUGGCUCUGACUAUGUGGGGAAGAACUCCACUGACAAUGAGGUGAAAGAGGGACUCCAUUGUUUGGUUCAGGCCACAAUAAUACAAGCUUUGUACAGAGUUUUACUGCAUAUUCCUCAGCAGCAGCCUCAUGGACACCCUGCAUUUAUUAUUAAUACUGCAUGCAUUAAAUAUCUGGUAUGAGUUAUAGCUAAGAUGUAAAUUGUGGUCGGGCAAAGGUUAAGGUUACAUAUUUAACAGGGUUACAAGGUUAUGGAUGAGGCUAUGGCUAAAUAUACAAAAACUAGGCUUUUCACUACAAUUUCAGUUAGUUAUCGUUCUUUUUUUAAACUCUAAUUUUUAUUUUUAUUUCAGUUUUUGUUAUUAUUAUAACAACCUUGAUAAGCACCGAAAGACAGGCUUUGACCCAUCUGAGCUGCUGGAGGAAAAAUAAAUACCACUAAAGUUGAGGUAAAUAAAAAUGUAAACCUAUAUAUACUGUACAUGCUGUACAUGUAAUUUUGCCUCAUAAAAAUUACUUUUAUGCAUUAGAGAUGUGUACGAGGCACGAUGUGAGCUUUGUUGCAAAGCGCUGGCCGGACUCUCAUAUGAACUCUGAUAAACGUAAGCACUCAAAGAACUACACUGCCGAGCCAUUCGCUGCCAACAGUCGUUGUACCGUGGUACAUGGCGCUGCAAAUAUGCCCGGGCUCCGCUACCACUUCACAUCUGGCAGCAGGUUCUCCACACAAUUAGCCGACACCAAGAGGAGUCUGCGAGCUUUGAUUUGAUUUGUUGUUUAUUCUGAAUCUUUGUUUCUUUUCCCCAGUAAUGGUCUUAAUUCUUCUGUUUUGAUGUUUUAAAAAAUGUCUUAAAAGUCAUUAAAAUUGUUGCAGAGGC